AUGUCUUUUCCCAACAGCUCUCCUGCAGCAAAUACUUUUUUAGUAGAUUCUUUGAUCAGUGCGUGCAGAACCGACAGCUUUUACUCCGCCGGCAAUAUGUACAUGCCAUCUAGUACAGAAAUGGGAACUUAUGGAAUGCAGACUUGUGGACUUCUGCCGUCUCUCGGCAAAAGGGGAGAAGUUAGUCACCAAAAUAUGGGCAUGAAUGUCCACUCCUAUAUACCUCAAAUUGACGGCUGGGCAGAUCCGAACAGACCGUGCAGAAUAGAGCAGCCUUCCGCCCAGAUGCCCACGUGCACGUUUUCACAAAACAUAAAAGAAGAAAGCACUUGCUGCAUGUAUUCCGACAAGAGAGCAAAGGUCAGCUCGUCAGAUAUCCCCGCGUACGCUAAUUUGAUUCCCGAAUCUUGUUCUGUUGAGGGUCCGGAGAUUCCCGUUCCGGGCUAUUUCAGACUGAGCCAAACUUAUGCGUCUGGAAAAAAUCAGGACUAUAGCCACGAGACGAGCCCAAACACAAUCCUGCCGCUGAACAGAGUAACUCAAAAAUCGCAGCUAUCUUCUCUUGCUGAGGUGGAAAAGAAAAUAAUCGAACUACCGAGCAGCCAAGACACGACCAAGGCACCGACCCCCGUGGAAAGCCCGAAUCCAAAGUCGAGUUCGCAGGAGGAAAAGAAUUGCUCAACUGAAGCGUCUGCCUCCAGCCCAGAAUUGCCACAGAAGGAGACGAAAGAAUGUAAAAACGAUCCUCCGACGAGCAAUUGGUUGACUGCAAAAAGUGGACGGAAGAAAAGAUGCCCUUACACAAAGCACCAAACCCUGGAAUUAGAGAAGGAGUUUUUGUUCAACAUGUACCUGACUCGUGAGCGCCGCCUGGAGAUCAGUAAAAGCGUUAACCUCACCGACCGACAAGUAAAGAUAUGGUUUCAGAAUCGCAGGAUGAAAUUGAAGAAGAUGAGCAGGGAAAAUCGUAUUCGGGAACUUACCUCAAACCUCACUUUUUCGUGA